CGUGUCCGUGACUGAGGGAGGCGGUGCCAGGAUUGGGUGGUGCCAAGGCUGUAGCGAGCAGGGCGAGCUGUCGGGUUAGGUUGUGGCCGGGCAGGUGAGGGCGACCUGGGAACUAGUUGCCGCAGACUGUUGGCUCGCCGCUCCUCAGGGAUACUUGGACCACUGCUGAAAUCCAUACCAGGCUGGGCACAAAACGGUUCUGAGGGCCGAAAAAAAAAUAAAAAUAAAUAAAAAUGAAUAAGUUGCGCCAGAGUUUUCGACGGAAGAAAGAUAUCUAUGUCCCUGAGGCAAGCCGCCCUCAUCAGUGGCAAACCGACGAAGAGUCUGUCCGUGCUGGAAAAUGCAGUUUUCAGGUUAAGUAUCUUGGUCAUGUGGAAGUGGAUGAAUCACGGGGAAUGCACAUCUGUGAAGAUGCAGUCAAAAGAUUAAAGUCUGAAAGGAAAUUCUUCAAAGGCUUCUUUGCAAAAUCUGGCAAGAAAGCAAUCAAGGCUGUGCUGAUGGUUUCUGCUGAUGGACUUCGAGUGGUGGAUGAAAAAACAAAGGACCUUCUAGUGGAUCAAACCAUAGAGAAAGUAUCAUUCUGUGCACCUGAUAGAAACUUUGAUAGAGCAUUCUCCUACAUCUGUCGAGAUGGAACCACAAGAAGGUGGAUCUGCCACUGUUUCAUGGCGGUUAAGGACACGGGUGAGAGGCUCAGCCAUGCUGUUGGCUGUGCAUUCGCAGCUUGCCUAGAAAGGAAGCAAAAGCGGGAAAAGGAAUGUGGUGUGACGGCAACAUUCGAUGCCAGCAGAACCACAUUCACACGGGAAGGCUCUUUUCGAGUGACCACAGCAACAGAGCAGGCAGAGCGAGAGGAAGUUAUGAAACAGAUACAGGACUCCAAAAAAGCAGCAGAACCUGAAAUAAAAAUCCAUACAACAUCAGCCGUUUCUUCCAUUUCUACACCUUCCACUGUGACUUUGGCGCCUGCGCCAAUCCUUCCAUCGUCUCCGACCUCAGAAGUCUAUGUGUUCCAGGAAAGCAAGGAUCUUAACCUUCCUCAUGUAAUCCCACGCCGGCAUGCACCUGUGGAGCAGUUGGCAAGGCAAGGCUCCUUUCGGGGAUUCCCUGCUCUCAGCCAAAAAAUGUCUCCCUUCAAGCGGCAGCUUUCUUUACGAAUCAAUGAAUUACCGUCAACUGUGCAGCGGAAAUCAGACUAUCAGAUUACAAACCCAGUUGCGGAAUUGGAAGGGGAGACUGACACGAUUAGUGCUUUGUGCUCCCAAAUCACAAACACAUUCAGCGGACCACCUGAAGAUCCCUUCAGCUCUGCACCAAUGACCAAACCCACGACACCACAAUCCCCACCAUUUGAAGUAAAUGGCAAUUCUGCUCCAUUCACUUUAUCUGCUGCUAAACCCAUACAAGUUUCUGUAGCUCCUGCAGCAGUGCCUGUUCGUGAGACCAAUCCUUGGGCAAAUGCCCCUUCUGCUCCUGCCCCCUCAGUUGCUAGCAGUGGGGCACCAUCUGUAACCACUCUUGUUGGUCCUGAGACAGUCUCCACUCCUGCGGUUGUCCAUUCACAUCACAAGCGAACACCUUCAGAGGCCGACCGUUGGCUUGAAGAGGUGUCAAAAACAAUUAAGGUUCAACAACGGCAAUCUCCUGUCCCUGCAAUCCAGCCUUUGUUACAGCCUAAUAUGCCUGCACCAAAUUCUGCGCAGCUAUACACUUCAAACACUUUAAUAGCCCCACAGCCUGUUCCAGUUGCCGUAGUCCCAACCUUACCACCUCCAUUCAUUCCUGUGCAGCAGCAGCCGUUCCCAGUUUCAAAUGGAAUGAGCUACACAGCCCCAAGUGUUCAAGUUGUUGGCAUUACGCCCUCACAGAUGGUAGCUAAUGUGUUUGGAGCAGCAGGCCACCCACAAGUCUACCAGCCAAAGCCAUCUCCUGGCCUGGGCAAGCAGCAGGCAUUCCCCAGCUAUGAAACAUCUAGCACAACAAGCAGUCCUUUCUUUAAACCAAAUGUUCCUCAACAAAAUGGUUCUGUUGCUGUCAAUGGAGUGGAAAACACUGGCUGGGAUUUUGGAGCCAAACACCAGCAAGGGGCAGGGGCACCUACAAUGAUAGACCCUUUUGAUGCUCAAUGGGCUGCAUUAGAAGGCAAAUCAAAACCUCGAUCAAACCCUUCUCCAACAAAUCCGUUCUCCAGCGACCUUCAAAAAACCUUUGAAAUUGAACUUUGAAGCUGAAGUACACCUAGUUCUAAAGUAUGUAAGCAGGAAAGGUUAUAUAAGGAUUCCAAGCUUCUCAUUGAGGUCUCUCUAAAAAUAAAAAAUAAACUAUUGUUUAAUGUCCAGAGUUGGACACGCAAAAAUAUUUUUAAAAAAUAGAUCUUUGGGAGCAAUAAAACAUGUCCUUCCCUUGGGUCUCGUAACUCUUUUCUAAUCUAUUCGGAGAAGAACCUGGACUGUGGUCAUGGAAUUGGAAUGGGGUGGAAUCUGUUCAGCAGAAUCAUUGGCCGCAUACCAGAGUAUGACUCUCUGAAAUUCAGCCUCCCAGUGCCUGAGCUUCCACGUAAAUAGAAGAAAGUAUAUGUUAUGUAUAUAUAUGUAUGUAUAUGAAGAUUACAGAGGAUAAGGGGAUUUUUACCCCGGUGCUGCCCGAGGGGCCUGCAUUGGAUUGCAGAGCAUUACAUUGAAGGCCCCUCUAGAAGUGAAAGAAAUUAAAGCCAAAAUCUUUAUUUUUAUGCAUUGCAAAUAUUUUAAAUAGUUUUGGGGGUAAAUGGUUGUAUACGUUUGUAAGUAAUCUUGCCAAAGUUUAAACAUAAAAAGAUGGCUCAGUUGCUAGUAAAUUGUAUAUAAGAGUUGAUUUAGCUGCUAAUUCUUAUAAAAAACAAAAACAAACUGGACUGAUUGUUGUUUUAUCUUUAUUUGCUGUAUGUCCCGUCACAUGUUGGUAGCACAUUGCUUAUACAAUCCAGACCAAGGGAGUUAUUUCUGUUGUAAUUUUAAAAUCAAAUUAAAAUGCAGUAUUUGCAUGGUGUCAAAGCCAUGGAGGC